CAAUCUAAACAAUCAAAGUUGACUAGAAAAAAAUGGAGGUAAAAGGGAAGAUAUGUUUUGUUUUCAUGUUGUUUGUAGCUAUCCUUCUUGUUUCCGCUACUCUGAGUCUUGGUUCGGGCGAACUGGGCUCGAAAUACGGGCCCAGUUCAACUGAACCUGGCUCGGAUUACUACGCUUGUAAGCUUAAGUGUGUGAAAAUGAGCGGUGGAGUAGAUGAGAAGUUAAAGUGUAGAAACGAAUGUGAGGAGAAGCAAAUGCAGAAGGAGAGGGAAAAGGGUUCGGGUUUCGGGUCGGGUGAAACGGACCCGGAUUAUAGGGGUUGUAAGGCGGAGUGUGAAAAGAUACCGGGUGCGGUUGAAAGUGAGAGGCUAAGGUGUAAGAAGGGGUGUGAAGAUUACCAUGAUGAGAAGCAGAAGAGGGAGAGAGGAGGCGGUCAAGGACGAGGCGGUGGCGGUCAGUACGACAUCGUUUUCGCUGAGGAAACGCAAGGCUUGAGGAAGAUGGUGGGAGAGUGCCACCAAAGUUGCCAGGGGAGCCAAGGAGAACAACAACAUCCCCAAUGCUUCCAAUCAUGCAUCCAGAAACGCCUCCAAGAGCAAGGAAGGCGUCAAACCGGCGACACUAGGCGGCCCGAAACCACCCCGAGAACCGAUAAACCAUACCGCCAACAGUCCAACAAUCCUUACGUGUUCGAAGACCACCAUUUCACCGCUCGACUAGAAACCGAGCAUGGUAACCUUAGGGUUCUUCAAAAGUUCACUGACCGAUCCGAACUUUUCAACGGCAUCGAGAAAUACCGCGCUGCAUUUCUCGAAGCCGAACCUCAAACGUUCGUUGUACCAAACCAUUGGGACGCCGAUGUUCUUGCUUUCGUAGCAAACGGUCAGGGAACGAUUACUUUGAUCGAAGGAGAUUCGCGACAAAGCCAUAACAUUAAGCGCGGAGAUCUCUUCCACGUACCCGCGGGAAUCACCGCGUAUCUAAUCAACACCGACAACAACGAACGCCUUGUUUUGGCGAAGAUUCUACAUUCGGUCUCCGUCCCCGGUGACUUGCAGCUCUUUAGCGUUGGAGGUGGCGACGCGGAGUCAUCGUACUACAACGCGUUCAGUAUCGAAGUUCUUGAAGCUGCAUUUGGUGUUGAUCGCGAAUCGGCCCAUAAAAUGGUCGGGCAGCAGAAGCUACAACAAGGGAUGUUCAAGAAGGUUACCGAAGAGCAAGUUAGAUCGUUGUCCGGAGAUGAUAAAAGUCGCGGAUGGCCUUUUGGCGACCGAAAAGGAAAGGGAAGGGGCACGCAUAGUAUCUACAAGAACGAACCGUCCGUGGCGAACGAGAACGGUAUUCUCCACGAGGUUGAUUCCAAAGAUUUCCCCGAUCUCCGAGAUAUCAACGUCGCCUUUUCGCUCUUCAACAUAACUCAGGGAUCUAUGGCGGGACCGUUCUACAACACCAAGGCGACGAUGGUUCUAAUGGUGUCGAAUGGUGGAGGUCGGUUUGAAAUGGCGUGUCCUCACUUGGCCGAGCAAGGCACCCGAGGCGGUCAAAUUAACCCACGUUACGAGCAAGUGAGCUCGGAGCUAAGACGUGGAACGGUAGUUGUAAUUCCCGCGGGUCAUCCUGUGGUGAUUGAAGCAUCCAAUGAGCAGAAUCUUGAAGUGAUCGGUUUCGGGUUGAAUUCGGAUGAGAACGAGUGGUUCCCGCUCACGGGGCGGGACAAUAUUUUGAGUCAAUGGGAGGAUGAGGCGUUGGAGCUGACGUUUGGUUUUCCGGCUAGCGAGUUGCAAAGUGUGAUUCAGAAGCAGAACAAGAAGCUUUUCUUUAAGGCUCCGGAGAGGAGUGGUCGUGCGUUUGCUUGAAGUGGCGGAUCGUGGCGGUCUGCGGUGGUUGUUGAGGGCGUUAAUGUUGUAAUAAGUGUUGAUGGUGGCUGUUUAUGGUGGUGGUGUUAAUGUUGUAGGCUUGUAGCUAGUUUGAAUGAAUAUGCUAACAUGUUGAAAUAAAUAAAACUUGGCUCUUUCCAUCUGCACAA